AUGGCCAACCAGAAGAUCUGUCGCAAUUUCGCUCGAGAUGGAAAAUGCAGGUUUCGACCCUGCAAGUUUUCGCACGAUAUUCCCCGCGACAACAACCGACAUGCGCCUCACCAAAAGACGAAGAGAGCCGAGCCACCAGCUUCCAGCGAGAGCGACUUUCGCGCCUGGAGACGACACCUGUGGGACCCCAACCGGGAUUAUCCCUUGGGCCAUCGGCUGGGGACCUUUCUGCAGGAAGCACAACGCCUCAUCGAUCAAGAUGUCGGGGUGCAGCAAGAAGUAAUCCGCGCCCUGGCUGGGGAAGGCGGCCUGAAGCGUAUGAAGGAGUUGAUUGACGAAAACAUCCUGACAACCCGGUCGCCUACACAGAAGUCGGCCAUCUUCACGCAGCAGGUGUUGCCUUUUCUAAGCAUCGUAACUCACCCUGGUGUGCGGGACUCCCUGGUCCUCGAACAGGCUGUUGGAACGAUCUAUGCGUUUCUCUACGGUGUGGCGGGCAGACGGGCACUGGACCUGCUAGGCUUCCUGGCAGACAUCCUAUCAUCCGACAAGGACCAGGUCAAGGAGACUCAGAUCGACCACCUCGAAAUGUCCCUUGUGGCUUUCUGGCACAUACUUGAGCUGAAUUCAGAGGCGUACAUCCAUGAGGGCCUCAAGCUGUUGGCCAACAAGUUCCAGUCCAUUGUGAAAGAGUAUGAAGACUUGCACGUGCAGAGCGCCCUGUACAAGGUCAAGGUCUCGAUGCAACGGAUCCUGCAUCGACUCAGUAUUGGCGCUGCACUCCCAAGCGUAGCCUCCUCUGAACAGCCAGCCGCCCAAGGCGACAAGCUACCCUCAUCAUUCAUCGUCCACCGUACUCCGCCGGGAGGACGCCACGAUAAUGAUUCGGCAGACAUCUGCGACAUUCAGAUCCUGCCCACGUCUGAAGAGAUUCUAUCCCCUCAUACCGAAUAUCUGCCCGUGAAGGACCCUCGACAGUGGCAUAUCGGCGGUGUCGCUGGGCUCCUGGAUCGCAACUUCCGAUUGCUCCGUGAAGACACGGUCGGGCAGUUGAGAGACGCCAUCCACAAUCAGCUUCGCCCCACAACGAUAACGCACUCAGGUCGUAGUAACCAACUCCGGACCUACGCAUAUUCGAACGUCAAGGUAGCUUCCUUGUCCUUUGAUCGACACGCGGGGCUGCAAUUUGUGAUCCGGUUCCGUCAGCUGGCGCAGGUGCAGGGGUUGGGUGUCAAACAGCGCGAGGAAUGGUGGAACCAAUCUAAGCGCCUACAGAGUGGUGCCCUUGUAUGCCUAUUUGAUCAGCGUGGAGAAGACGUUCUCUUUUGUACGGUGGCUGAGCCGCCCAGGUUGCCGCCCGGCACCCCUAAGCCCAAGGACCCCCCUUCUCUCUGGAAGGAGAAGGAUGUCGCAACGGUCGCAUUGGAAUUCAUCGACCCUACAAACCAUCAUGUGCAGUUUGUUCUGGAUCGAUAUCGUCCGCGUGGCACAGUCUCACCGGUCACCCUGGUGGAGUUUCCCGGCAUUCUGCUACCAGCUUUUGCCCCAACAUUACGCGCGCUUCAGAAGAUGAAGCGCAGUGAAGACCUGCCGUUUGCGAAUCUGUUAGCUCCAGCGUCCUCCGAGAAUUGGGACCAAGUGACACAAGUGCAUCCGCCGGCGUAUGCUCUCAAGCCCGGAUUCAAAUUCGAUCUUAGCUGCUUGAUGACUGACGCGACCGAGCUGCAUCUCCGUCCCGGCCAGGCUUUUGACAUGGAGACGUUCAAAGAGAAGUCCAUCUUGGACCCAGCUCAAGCCGUCGGCCUUAUAAACACCCUCCAACACCAAAUAGGGCUUAUCCAGGGCCCUCCCGGCACAGGGAAGAGUUAUACCGGAGUUGCCCUCAUCAAGGUGCUACUAGCCAAUGCGGCCAAAGCCAAAGCCAAUAUUGGACCAAUCAUCUGUGUCUGUUAUACAAAUCAUGCCCUCGACCAGCUCCUAGAAGAGCUGCUAGAAAGGAAGAUUACCACACAGAUUGUUCGAAUUGGAUCGCGCUGCAAGUCGGAACGUGUGGAGCAACACACCUUGAGCAAACUAGUCCACAAGCCUCCGCAGACCAAAGUCGAGAAGAGUUCGAUCUAUCACCUCCAUCUCCAACUCGAAGAGUGCCAAAGGGAAUUUGAUGGCCUACGAUUACAUUUCGAAGGGUCUGAGGGGAACUUGAAGUGGUUUCUUGAGCGCUACAACCCCAAGCACUAUCGCCAGCUUUUCAGCACCGAUGAGCAGGGAUGGAUAAGGCCCAAGUCAAAGAAGGGUAAUAACGCAUUCCACCAGUGGAUAAACAGAGGAUUUGAGUCGACGGAGAAGCCCCGAUCUAUCGGUGUCCUUGAAAAUAUAAAUCUUGAACACAUGAGUGUCAGAGAACGGCAAAUGGUCUACGAACACUGGCUCACAGAGAAUAGACGUCAGAAGCACGACAAAGCUAAGAUACUGGUCCAGGAACAACGAAGGAGCAAGGAAGAGAUGAAUGAUGUUCGACACGAGGUUGAUCUGCGAUGUCUCCGGCAGGCACAGGUUAUCGGAGUUACGACCAGUGGCCUCGCUCGGAACCUCAAAAUGCUUCGUCGCCUUCAGUCCAAGGUUGUGCUGUGCGAAGAGGCUGGAGAAGUGUUGGAGGCUCAUCUCCUGACAGCCCUUCUGCCUUCCGUCGAGCACGCCAUUCUCAUUGGGGACCACCAGCAACUCCGCCCGCAGAUCCAAGACUACAAUCUUUCUCGGGAGAACUACCGAGGUGGUGAGCAGUAUUCUCUGGAUCAAUCGUUGUUUGAGCGACUGGUGGAUCCUGGCGAGGACGGGUCAGGGGUGCGAAUGCCGUUUAGCACGUUGGAAACGCAGCGCAGAAUGCAUCCCUCUAUCGCACAGCUGGUCAGGGACACCUUGUACCCUCGCUUAGAAGAUGCUCCGUCGGUUUUGGAAUACCCGGAGGUAUGUGGGAUGCGCCAGAGGCUGUUCUGGUUUGAUCAUCAACACCCCGAAGCCGGCAAUUCCAGUACGGAUGCCGUGAACACCUCACACUGGAACGCGUUUGAGGUGGAGAUGACCACCGCACUAGUCGCUCACUUGAUCCGACAAGGCUGCUAUAGGGCGGGGGAAAUUGCUGUACUGACCCCUUACCUGGGACAGCUCCAUCGGCUCCGACGCCGGCUCAGCGAGUCGUUUUCCAUCGUCCUCGGCGAUCGUGACCAGGACGAUCUGGAGGCAGCGGGGUUGAAUGAAUCAGACGCAGAUACACAUUCUCCGGUGUCUCAGUCAACUGCACUACAGACCGUUCGUGCAGCCACCAUUGAUAACUUCCAGGGUGAGGAAGCCAAGGUUGUGGUGAUAUCGUUGGUCAGAAGCAAUGCCCAGAGACGCUGCGGAUUUCUGAGAACCUCAAACCGUAUCAACGUCCUGCUGUCCCGCGCAAAGCACGGCAUGUAUAUCAUAGGUAACGCUGCUACGUCCAUGGAUGUGCCGAUGUGGCGGCAAGUCGUGGAAAUCUUGAAGAGCAAAGACAACUUUGGAGCUCAGCUCAAAUUGCAAUGUCCACGCCAUCCAGAUUCCCCUAUUGCAGUUUCGGAGCCGGACCACUUCGUGCAAUAUUCUCCAGAGGGCGGUUGCAAUCAGCGUUGUGUCAACCGAUUGAAAUGCGGUCAUGCCUUCUAUUGCCAGGAACCCUGUCCACGACCUUUGAAGGGAUGUGAUCAUGCUUGCCCGAAGCACUGUGGCGAUAAGUGUCCUCAGCGAUGCCAGGUGACCGUCUUCGACGCCAACCGGCACCUUCCCUGUGGACAUGCUGCGGCGGAGCUUCCAUGUUGGCAGGCGCAGGAUCUUUCAGAGGUCAAGUGUCCAAUGCCCGUGGCGAAGCAGGUGCAAGGGUGCAAUCACACAGUGACAGUGCCCUGUCAUGUCAAGGUCGAGAUUCCAUUCAAUUGUCCAGCGAGGAUAAGGUCCAAGUCACCACCCACGGGCGGUGCGAACAGCCGUGCGGUCGCAAAUACUCGGCAUGUGCACAUAGCUGUACUCGAAUCUGUCACGAGCCGGAGCCCUGUCCGCCAUGUGAGUCCCCCUGCGAUGUUCAUUGUGGCCACUCCCAGUGCCCCAACAAAUGCUGUGAGCCCUGCGUCCCCUGUGCCGAGACACGAUGUCCAUCGUCGUGCCCUCACGGUGCAUGUACGCUGCCCUGUGCGGCUCCUUGUGACAACGUUCCUUGUUCCAAGCGCUGCGACAAACUUCUGGCUUGUGGCCACCAAUGUCCCUCUAUUUGUGGCGAGAUAU